CAGGCGCAUGCGCACUACGUCAGUUAGAGAGGAACACAGACGUUUGUGUGAAGUUUAAAAGUUUACUCUUUAAAUGGCGGUUUGAAACCUCACUGAGGAUUAACGAAGCUCUGAACGCCUCAGUCCGGGUCUGAACGGUGUGUGUUCGGUGAUUUUACCGUUUCGGGAGGACUAUGGUUGCCGUGAGGCUCCAAUAACAGGGAACCAGCAACACACACACACACACACACACACAGUCAUGUGGUGGUUCCAGCAGGGUUUGUGUUUCCUUCCUGCUGCUCUGGUCAUCUGGACGGUGGCGUCCUUCGUCUUCGCUUACAUCACAGCGGUGGUGCUGAGACAUGUGGAUCCUCUGGUGCCGUACAUCAGUGACACUGGAACGAUGGCACCAGAGAGGUGUGUGUUUGGCAUCAUGUUGGACGUGUCAGCCUUUUUAGGUAUCGCCACGGUGUACGUCCGUUACAAACAGGUGGAGGCUCUGACAGGUGAAGACGAGGUCAAACUCCACAGACUGAACCUGGUCGGGCUGAUCCUGGGUCUGAUCAGCUCGUUUGGGAUGUGUGUGGUGGCAAACUUCCAGAAGACCACUCUGUUCUCGAUGCACCUGGUCGGGGCGAUUCUGACCUUUGGGAUCGGAGCUCUCUACAUCCUGGUCCAGACGGUGCUGUCCUUCCGCAUGCAGCCUCACGUCCACAGCAGGACCAUCUACCUGGUCCGGCUCACCAUCGGGGUGUUGACGCUGGGCAGCAUCAUCAGCAUGUUUGUGUCGUCAGUCAUCAUGUACAGCAGUCUGUCAGGGGUGGACGUCCCUCGCAAGCUUCACUGGAUUCCUGGAGAAACGGGUUAUACGGCUCAUAUCGUCAGCACAGUGUCUGAGUGGUGUCUGGCCUUCUCCUUCAUCAGCUUCUUCCUCACCUACAUCAGAGAUUUUCAGAAAAUCAACCUGCGAGCCGAAGCCGUGGUGCAGAGCAGCCACCUCUAUGAUUGGCCACACGGAGGCGCCACAGCGUCCAAUCAGAACCAACGAAACUCUGAAACGUCUCCUCUGCUGGCUGGAUCCACAUGACAGCAGCCUGCCCUCCUGGAAAAAAACGCUUCUAUUUUCACCUUUUUCUAACUAUUUGAAAGCUUUCUAUGGUGUUUCUAAAGACGCUGGGGCCUUUUAAAGGGUCGCUUCACACAAAGAAACUCAGCUUCUGUAACGUUUCUGUCUUCACCAAAUAAUCUGAAUUAAGUUUACCUAAAGCUCACAGCACCAGAAAAUAUAAGCACCAGACUCCAGUAACUGACUCUAAAACCACCUUUUCCUCAAACUGUCGCCGUCGCUGCACUUUAUAUAAAAAUCAUCCUAAGAGUGUUUACUGUCAUUUAAAGGAUUUUAACAGCCCUUCUUUACCAUCUGUGAGUCCUUUAGGGACCAUUUGGUAAUAAAACUCAGAGUUCUGUCCUGUUAGUUUCUGUCAUUUAGCUGCUUUAUGCAUCUUUAAUUAUUAUUUUAUGGUGGUUAAAUGAGGUGACAGUAACUGACCUGUAUUAAGAUGCUGCAAUAAUCAGUUCAGGAAAUAAUUCUUAUUUUAAUAUUAUACAAGCUUUACAUUCGUAUAAACAUUAGUGAUUUGCCAAUUCUUCAUUUAUUUUCCGUGUCUUCAAGCAGUGAUUUUAGACCUGAAUGUGUUAAACUAGCAGUUCAAAGCAGUUCUAUCAGCUGGUCAGACGUUUUCUUUUCUUUCUGCGGUUUAAGAUUUAACUUUAUUUAUGGAGCACAACAAACUCCGAAACAAACUGAGCAUCAAAACAAUUUUCUGUACCAGUUACCAUCUCUGCAGUUUGUUUUUUUAUCUGCUUUUACUAAAAAAUGAAACAUAUCUCUGUUAUUCCAUUUCAUCUUCUUCUUUUCCUUUAGGCUUUUCCCUUCAGGGGUCGCCACAGCGAAUCAAUUGCCUCCAUCUAACCCUGUCUGCUGCAUCCUCUUCUCUCACACCAACUACCUUCAUGUCCUCUUUAACCACAUCCAUAAACCUCCUCUUUGGUCUUCCUCUAGGCCUCCUGUCUGGCAGUGGGAAGACCAAAGAGGAGGUUUAUGGAUGUGGUUAAAGAGGAAUUACUGUUAUUCCAUUUCAUGUGAAGUAGAAAUGUGAUUCUGGGUCUGACAUGAAAAACUUAAAACUAUGUUUACUAAACUUGCAGCAGAUUUAAACAGUAUUAUUAGCAUUAUUUUAGUUAAAGUAUAAAAUUUCUCAUGGCACAUAAACUACACAAAACCUGCUGACAAAUAAAUGAGGACUGCUAAUAACGAGUAAUGUCACUUUUGAUUUGUUUCUAGAUUAAUUAAUUAGUUGUUUGGUCUCUAAAAUGGUGAAAAAUGUUGAUGAGUGUUCCUAAAAGAUGCCAAAUAUCUUGUUUUGUCCAAAGAUAUUCAGUUUACCAUCACAGAGGUGGAAAGAAACCAGAAAAUGUUCAUAUUAUUACUUUACUUCAUUAAAAUAUCACUCAAACCAAUUAAUAAACUGUCAAAAUGACCAGCAGUUAAUGGAUUAGUUGUUGCAGCUCUAAUGAAGGAUCUGAAAAUUAGUUGUACUGUUAAAGAGGAAUUCUACAUCAACAACACAUCUGCUGAUCAUUCUAAUAGUUUAAUUUGCUCAUUGUGGUAUCUGAUCUGUCACGGACAUUUCUCCUUCACGUGCACAUCAUGGACACCAGAGAGAGAAACGACGACACUCAUAAAUCAGAAACUCCAGAUGUUCUCCAGCUGCUUCAGUUCAAUGACUUUCUGCUUUUUUAGUUUUCUGUCACACUGAACCGACUGUCUUUUAAAUGAACAAAGCAGGAAGAGGAAGUAUAACAGACAUUUUUCACCGUUUUUUUUUUUUCUUCAUAUUUUACAGAUCAAACAAUUAAUCACAUUAUUAAUUUUCAGAUUAUUUCCACUGUUUUCUGCUACAACUUCAAACUGUAUCUCAGUACUGUGGAGACUCAUGUUUGGUGACUUUAAAAUGAAAAAAUAUUUGCUGUAUUUUAAUAUUUUUAAUACAAACUAAGCUUUUCUUAUUGUUAAAACGGUAUUAACAAUAAAUUAUCAACCUGAGCCUUUUUUAUUAAACCUACAUGUCUGCAGUCAAUAUAUUUUAUAUUUUAGACUGUUUUUUGAAUAAAAUGUAUCUGAGCUUCACCAUGGAUGCUUAAAAUCAA